CUGUUCACAAAUGUUUUACGUUUUGAGAAAAAAACAAACAAACCAGUUUUGGUUUAUUUGUUCAAAUAUUACAAAUAACGUUAAAUAAGUGAGGUUUGUCGUCGUGUCCCGAGCGCUGACUUUUGGUUCGUUGUGGUGACGUCGCGUGGGCGCAUACCGCGCGUACGGGCUGAAGAGGGCGACACGUUCCGGCUGUAGCAUAAGCAGCAAUUCAACAGCUAUAAUGUUGGCUUUCAGGAGUACGUUUCUCCACGGUGUUAAAACUGUCCAGUACAGCCAGGCGAAGAGCUUUAUUGUAGGGAGAGGAUGUUUAGGUUCCGUCAACUUAAAAGGACGGAGUUUUCUAACACUGAAAGACUUCAACCCUGACGAGAUUAAACACAUCCUGUGGAUGUCUGCGGAUCUGAAGCAUCGAAUCAAGCACGAGGGACAGUAUCUUCCUCUGCUGCAAGGCAAAUCUAUUGCUAUGAUAUUUGAGAAGAGAAGCACUAGGACUCGUAUGUCUACUGAAACAGGGUUCUCUCUUUUGGGAGGUCAUCCAUGUUUCCUUACCCCUCAAGAUAUUCAUCUGGGAGUCAAUGAAAGUAUUAAAGAUACAGCCAGUGUCCUCUCUGGCCUGACGGAUAUGGUGUUGGCCCGGGUGUACAGUCAUUCUACCCUGGAGCAGCUGGAUAAGGAAGCAUCUAUACCAAUCAUCAAUGGCCUCUCUGACCUUUAUCAUCCUAUACAGAUAUUGGCUGACCUUCUCACACUACAGGAGCACUAUGGAUCUCUGAGGGGCCUUACAGUGGCUUGGAUAGGUGAUGGUAACAAUAUUCUGCACUCCCUCAUGAUGUCAUUGGCCAAGCUGGGUGUCAAUCUAAGAAUAGCCACACCAAAGGGUUAUGAGCCAGAUGCUAGCAUCACACGAGAAGCACAGCAUCUCUUUAAGCAGUUUGGUACAGAGCUGCAGUUAUUCUCAGAGCCACUUGAGGCAGCACGGGGCAGUAAUGUUCUAGUGACUGACACCUGGGUCAGUAUGGGUCAGGAAGAAGAGAAGACGAAGAGGCUUAAAGAUUUCCAAGGUUACCAGAUCACUAUGCAGACCGGAAGAGUGGCCUCUCCUGAUUGGACAUUCCUGCACUGUCUCCCAAGGAAACUGGAGGAAGUGGAUGAUGAGGUUUUCUACUCACCACACUCACUGGUAUUCCCAGAGGCAGAGAACCGCAAGUGGACUAUCAUGGGCCUGAUGGCAUGCAUCUUAACUGACUACACACCCGAGACCCCUAAACUUAAACUGUAAUGCUUCAGAACAUAAUUGAACUUCAGAACAUGCAAGAAACAUCAGAGCCCUGGUCAAAGUCUGAAAUCAUUACAAAAUUUCAGUAGUCCUUCCACCUAACCUAACCACUCUAAUUGACAUUUUAUUUCACCAGUGCAAUGUCUGUACUGAAUCUCAUAGUUUCUGUUGUAUUACAUUUCGGAAAUGUAGUAUUUCAGCUUGAAAAUCCAAAAAUAAAAAAGUUCUGUUUUAUUUCCUCA